GUAGUCAGUCGGCAACGAUAGUCCGAACUGAGCAGUUAGCUCGUGAUCCAAGCCAAUUUGUAUAGCCAUCAUCUUUUGUUUAAUUAAAGCUCCGUCGAUAACUGACCGAGAUAACUAAAUCUGCGAAGUCUAUUCUGCAUCCUUUUCCUUUGGAACAAGAUAUAGAAAACCUAACGACUUACAGCAGAUUGACCUCAAGAAAUCGCAGGAUAGACGAAACUGAAAAACAUUAAUGAAACCUCUCAAACUGCGCCACCUGAGGUACGCUGUGGUUAGCUUACGGAAACGACUUUUACAGAAGAUCACGAACGUAUCAUGUUAUUCGCGAUUAAUCUUCAGUCCAUAGUGAUACGGCGUGUUCCACGGCGAUACAAGUCAAGUAAGAGCAAAGUGUACAAAAUUAUUCUCAUGUUUCCCUUAUAUUUCUACGGCAUAGUGAUUGGCAUCAUGUACGUUCUACUCGACGUGAACUAUUUCCUGAGACUUGGCUUCCUCUAUGCCUGGGUCAUUUUCUUCAGAAAUAAGAAGAAGAUCUUGGACACGACUACGAUUUACGGCAUCUGUACUACUCGGGACAUAGAUAUAGUUCUCACACACAUGAAUAAUGCGAGAUAUCUACGCGAGCUAGAUUUUGGACGUUUUUAUUAUUACAACAAGACAGGACUUCAUCGACAUAUGUUCAAAAGAAGUAGUGCCGCUUUUCAAACUGCAUCCCUCGUACGACAUCGUCGAUCGAUUCUUAUAUUUAUGCCAUAUAAGAUCACCACGAAGCUCAUUUACUGGGACGACAGGAAUUUUUACAUGGAACAACAAUUUAUUGGUCUCAAAGACGACUUUGUUUAUACUACCGUAAUAACUAGACAAACUCUAGUCAACUCAAAAAUCUCAGUACAAGAUAUACUCUCCACAUGCGAAUCGGAUAUACAAAAACCGAAGCCUACGAAAGAGUUGCAAUUUUGGCUAGAGGCUAUAAAAGAAUCAUCUCAAAAUUUAAGGAAACAAAACUGAAAAAUUGAUUAUUUGUACAAAAUAUGUAUAUACGUUCAAUACAUUUGUACCACCAUUAUCUCUGUCUAAUGUAUAUUAAUUUUAAUUAUGUAUUAUAAUUAAAUUUUAUUAUUAUUA